ACUGAAAACAAGAAGAACUGAUUAUCAGGAAGCUUAAUGACCACAGAGAGGAAUCAAGUUGUUCUUUGCAAGAAACAUUACCUUUUUUCAUAAACAGACCUAAGAGUCAGUUGAAAUCCUUCUCUAGUUCUAGCACUUACUGACCUCAAAGGGAAUUUAGAUUCAAAACUGUUAGUAUUGAAGUAUCCAGACAAAAGGCUUGAUACUUUGCUGUUUGAACUAUAUAUUCCAUCUUGUAUAUUAAUUUCUACAAUGAAUUAGUACUGUGGAUAUAUGUAAGGAGUGAACAUUGAUCUGUGAUUGCUAUUGUAUGGUCUUGUAUGGUAUUGUAUGGUUUCUUGGGAGGAAUUCCUAGCUAAUUAUGGCAAUUCAGAUAAAGCUAUUGCAAAGGUCUAAGCACUCUUAAGAGCUAAAGUCACUGAGGUGCAUUAUUUUAGUGCCAGAUAGCCCCAUUUAAUUUCCCUAUGCACUCUGAAUGCUUCUCUCCCAUCCUCUGUACUUACGUUAUUUGCACUCAUUCUGAGUUUUAAAUUGCAUAGUGAAUCUACCAUUUCAAUAUCACACAGCUAAAAGCCAGUGAAUUACAGUUAGCAAAACUGAAUCAAGUCCCAUUGCUAUAUGUGGUGUCAUACUUGAAUUUAUUUAUUCCUUACCUUGCUCAUCUUUUGCAGGAGAAGGAGGCAGUUGAGGCUGUUGAUACUGUUCAGUGCACUCUAUGCUAUGUCUCACCUAUGGCCUUCACAGGGGAUUUGGGAAGCAAGGAUUUCAGUGCCAAGUUUGCUGCUUUGUGGUUCAUAAGAGAUGCCAUGAGUUUGUUACCUUUUCCUGUCCUGGGGCUGACAAGGGACCUGAUACUGAUGAUCCCAGAAGCAAGCACAAAUUUAAGAUCCACACCUAUGGGAGCCCGACCUUCUGUGACCAUUGUGGGUCACUGCUUUAUGGGCUUCUGCACCAAGGGAUGAAAUGUGACACCUGUGAUAUGAACGUUCAUAAGCAAUGUGUAAUAAACGUCCCAAGCCUCUGCGGCAUGGAUCACACAGAGAAACGAGGAAGGAUUUAUCUGAAAGCUGAAGUCAAUGGUGACAAACUGGAAGUAACAGUGCGAGAAGCAAAAAACCUCAUUCCCAUGGAUCCAAAUGGACUUUCAGAUCCUUAUGUUAAACUGAAGCUCAUCCCUGAUCCUAAGAAUGAAAGUAAACAGAAAACGAAAACCAUCCGUUCUACUCUGAAUCCGGACUGGAAUGAAUCAUUCACAUUUAAAUUAAAACCCACAGACAAAGAUCGACGGUUAUCAGUAGAGGUCUGGGACUGGGAUCGAACAACCAGAAAUGAUUUCAUGGGAUCCCUUUCAUUUGGAGUGUCAGAGCUUAUGAAAAUGCCCGCCAGUGGAUGGUACAAGCUGCUGAACCAAGAGGAAGGUGAAUAUUAUAAUGUUCCCAUUCCAGAUGCUGAUGAAGAUGGAAACGCAGAGCUCCGGCAGAAGUUUGAGGACUGUCAUGUAAAUAUCCACUUCUUCAAGAAAGCCAAACUUGGGCCAGCUGGUAACAAAGUCAUUACUCCAACAGAAGACAGGAUCUCAAGUGUGCCAUCCAACAAUCUGGACAGGGUGAAGCUGACAGACUUCAACUUUCUCAUGGUUCUUGGAAAGGGGAGCUUCGGGAAGGUGAUGCUGGCAGACAGGAAGGGGACAGAGGAGCUCUAUGCAAUCAAAAUACUGAAAAAAGAUGUGGUGAUUCAGGAUGAUGAUGUUGAAUGUACAAUGGUUGAAAAGCGAGUCCUGGCGCUGCAAGACAAACCACCGUUCCUCACGCAGCUUCACUCUUGUUUCCAAACAGUUGACCGUCUCUAUUUUGUUAUGGAGUAUGUGAAUGGUGGUGAUCUCAUGUAUCACAUUCAGCAAGUAGGAAAAUUUAAGGAGCCACAAGCAGUGUUCUAUGCAGCUGAGAUCUCAAUCGGGUUAUUCUUUCUCCAUAACAGAGGGAUUAUUUACAGAGAUCUGAAAUUAGAUAAUGUGAUGUUGGAUUCAGAAGGACACAUUAAAAUUGCUGAUUUUGGAAUGUGCAAAGAACAUAUGUUAGAUGGAGUAACAACCAGGACCUUCUGUGGCACUCCAGACUACAUUGCACCAGAGAUUAUUGCUUACCAGCCCUAUGGGAAGUCUGUGGAUUGGUGGGCAUAUGGAGUGCUGCUCUACGAGAUGUUGGCUGGCCAGCCUCCAUUUGAUGGAGAAGAUGAAGAUGAGCUUUUCCAGUCCAUAAUGGAGCAUAAUGUUUCCUAUCCAAAGUCGCUGUCCAAAGAAGCCGUCUCCAUCUGCAAGGGGCUAAUGACUAAACACCCGGCAAAACGCCUUGGCUGUGGCCUUGAAGGUGAAAGAGACAUCAGGGAACAUGCUUUCUUCAGAAGGAUCGACUGGGAAAAACUGGAAAACAGAGAGAUUCAGCCACCUUUCAAACCUAAAGUGUGUGGCAAAGGUGCCGAAAACUUCGACAAGUUCUUCACCCGAGGACAGCCGGUGUUAACGCCUCCGGAUCAGCUGGUCAUUGCUAACAUAGACCAAACAGAUUUCGAAGGGUUCUCUUACGUCAACCCCCAGUUCAUACACCCCCUUUUACAAAAUGUAGCGUGAAGCAGCAGAACGGGAACAGAUCCCGCAGCAGGGAAUGAUCUUUAACCCUACAAUGUUUAGGCUUUUGCCUUGUUUGAUUCCAUUCGGGCCUGGAAAUUGUAGGGUUAGAAAGUGUAAGAUGGGGGGGGAAAGGCCACUAAUUCAGGUUUUUGGCUUUGCAAUAGCGGUGUUGUCUUAAUGGGAGAUAAAUCAGUGCACGGUGCCCACUUACCCUUCUAGAAGGUGCCACUGACUUGGCAAAACUUACCCAGUUUUUGGUACGUUUGAUCUUUUUGUAACUUCCUGCUGUCCUUUUGCUCCCUUUUCCACUCUGCUGUGUUAGAAUUCAUCUAACACGUGCUCUGAAAGAAUAAAACCACCUCGAAUAUUGAGUCCUUCUGUAGAGAUGCUGGGAGACGAACGCACUGAUUCCCGAGGGACCGCUCCUCCCGGUGACUUCAGGGAGGUGGGCAGCACAAGAGGCUGGAAUGGAGGCAUCACUGAGAGGGAGAGGCAUUGCAAAGGAAAUGUUGAAAGCAGUUGUUAUGAAAAUAGAACAAAACCAAUUUGGGUGAGGGUGGGAGGGGGGGAUAAAAUCAAAUUAGACCUUUGUGGCUAUGAUCCUAUAAGCAACUCCAAGUUUAAACGCACUUCAGCGGUGGCCAGAUCUCUAGGAUCUUUGCUAAGUAGCAUGUGAUAAACUCAAGGGUGAAUUUUUGUCUUUAAUAAUAAUAAUAAUAGUAAUAAUUUUAAUAAUAUUUCUGUGAAUUUUAAUCUCCAUGAGAUUAUUCUGUGAUCCAGGGUGCCAUUGUUUGUUCAGUUAAGUUAAUUUACUCCUCAAGUUUACUGCUAACCGGUUCUAAUACCAGUAUUUUACUAUGGGAUUUGUUAACCUGGAAUGUAAAAGAAAACUUGUUUAUUUACUUAUUUACUUGUGUUUAUUUAUAGUCUGCAGUAUAGGGCAGUAAAUGGAAGAAAGCGUUACAUAUCCUAAAUUCACAACACAUAGAGCCCCAAGUGACUUCCUGAUUCCUUCAGAAUAACUCAUGAAAAUUAAGUGAGACAUAAAAAUAAUCAGUUUUAAUUCAGGAAACUUUGGGCUGUCGAGUAAUAAAGCCUGAAAAAAGAAGCACCUAAAACUUGUUUUAUUGAUAGAAUGGAAUUUAAUACAUUUUACAUACGCUUCAUGCAAUGAAUUUUGCAUGUUUAGUAAUAACUCUUAAUAAUAAGGGUUAAUAAUAAGCAGAUCUAUAAUAUCAACAUAAUCUUAUCCAGCAUAGAGUAUUAUAAAGAUUUUAUAAAACAAAUUGUGCUUUAUUUGUGAACCUUCUUGUUCUGAAUGACAUCAUUUAGAUUUAGCUAAAUGUUUUAUUGCUGUCGUUUUGAUUUUUACUUUAGGGUUUGGAUAUUCUUAAUGGCUUAGGGAAUAAUCUCUUUUUUUAAAAGUAGAAAUACUUUUAAACUCUAAUGGCUACCUGCAGGUUUUAUACAAGGUUCAAUUAGGCUUUCGUUUUACGUCUGCUUAUCACUUACAGGGAAGGAAAUCGACUUUAUUUGCAAUGAUGAACACUGUAAUUAAUGCAAUCUUCUCCUCUCCUAUCACUUAGAUGAAAAAUUUUGAUAGAUCUUCUUACAACUCACCAGAAGAUAUUAACUCAGAUAUCAGUGAAUACUUUUUGUGCAUAUUUGGGUUUUGUUACAGCAUGUAAAAUAGUAGUCAGUGCAUUUUCCUUCUUUUUUUCUCCCUUCUGCCUUGUUCCUGUUAGCAGCCAUAGGCACUUUUUGUCUGUCAGAUGUGCAUGCCGAUGCCGGAAGCAUGAUGUCUCUGUUGCUGCAUGCAGACUGAUUACAGUUUUUCCAGCAUGUAAACAUAUUCAAAAAGUAAGAUAUUUGCCAUAAAAGACUUAAAUUUAUACUAGAAGAUGUAACUGGGGAGGGGGUGGGAGGGGAAUCUACUUUCUAAUCAUCUUUUAUGACAAUAAAACAUGGAACCUGUGCCAAAGAUUCUGUUAGAGCGAUCCAAUCCUGCAAACUGGUAUCCAGGUGGAUGGGUUUGACUAACGGGGGUGACCCGUGGUGGAGUGGGACAGUUUGUGUGCGAAACACACCUGGAUUUGAGUGGUCACUGCUGUGUUUCUGCUCCUGGGGCACGCUCGGAAGCUGUAUUCUUGGUGCCUAGGACACAUGAUUCACAACACUCCAGGGGUCUCACUUCUGCCUGGUGAUAAUCCUUUUGCAGCCCCAACUUGAAGCAAAGAGCAUCACCCUGGGUAAGAGCGAACAGCAGGCUUUAAUGGGUGAACCGAACCAUUCCAAGGCAUGGGAAAACACACAGCUAAUGAGGGGCAUUGACCAACGAGCAAGAACUCGGGUUGUUGCCUAAAUAAACAGAACUCACCAUUUUUAAAACA